ACAGGACAAGCUAGAUGUAAGACUUAAAUCAAACUAGAUCAGUUAAAGCGAAUAUUGCGAACCCUAACCCUCCAGCAAGUCAGCAAGUGCAUGCGCACGCGCACAUGCUCCAAAAAGAGCAGUAGUAGCAGUAGCACAGACGGAGAAGACGACGACGACGCCGAAGAAGAAGAAGAAGAAGAAGCCCCGUCUUACUACGCAGACAAGACAAGGCAAACAAGGCAAAGUAAGCUGAGUACAACCCAAACAUACACCACUAACAGCAACAUCUUCUCCCUCCCUUCCUCCAUACCUCCCCCUUCUCCUCGUAAAAAAAAAAUAAGAUCGUUCACCCUCCUGGUCUCCUCGCCCUCGUCCCGUCGCAAGUUCCCUGCCUUCCCGCAAUGUCCCUGCUACUGCUGACGCAGUACACGUGGUGGCUGCCGUCAGCUUACGUGCAGCCGCCCGUCGCUCGCUACAAGCGACUGAGGUAAGCUGUAAGCCGCACCGCAUCUAUAACGUCGCUUUUAUACACCGGGCGGUCAGGGCAUGAUGCACGUGGGCGGGCCGGGCCGGACGGGUGUGACGGCGGGGUCGGAGGCGCGGAGGGACGGGUAGGCGGGAAAGGGGCGCGCGUGCGUGGGAGCCGAAGAGUUGGGGUUGAGAUAGCGUGGAUACUGGACAGGUGGGUGAGGAGAUGGUGGUGUCGGGUGGAUGGUGUUGAGUUACUGUAUAUGAGAGAGAGAUGGGGCUGGGGUGGAUAACGAAGAACGAAAAAGAA